AUGGGGCCCGAGGGCCUCGAGAAGCCCACGAUCCCUGAUAAGCCCGAGAAAAGAUCUCGGCGACGUGGGGCCGAACUUGAUCCAUAUCUGCGCACACGGCUCUGCGUGCUCAGAACCACAGCCAAAUGGACCUACAAACAGAUCCAGAAUGAAUACCCACACAUCCCGCUCUCAACGAUAAAAUCGACAAUAAUGCGCGAGAGCAAUCGAGUCAAUAAUCACUCCCAGGCUCGCUCGGGUCGACCAUCGAAGCUGAAGGAAGAUGACAGAGCUCGAAUCCGCGAGGCCUUCCAUGCGAAUCCUCAAAUUACAUAUGAUGACCUGCUGGUGCUAGUGGAUUACAAAGUCGGCAAGGAGUCACUUCGUCGGUUUCUUAAUGGUGACGGAUUGAGGAAGACUCAGGCUGCUACUCGAUCUUUGGCUGCAAAAGCAGCUACCAAACAAGUUGAAGAGGCUCCAAUUGCUCGGUCGCAUGACACACCUCCUGCUGACUGGCCUGGUGAUUUUGGAUCUGGUUUGGCAUCCAGCGAGUCGGAAUCUACUCGUAAUGUCAACGGUCAGACGACUUUGUAA